AUUGUGAACAUCACUACAGCCCAGGCUAUCCACAAGACAAAAGUAAUCUCAGAUUUGACUGCCAGCUUUUAAUAUUUCUCUUAACCAUUAAAAACACACCUCCUGUUUUACUGGCGUGAUGGAGAAGGUCCAAUACCUCACUCGUUCUGCCAUAAGAAGAGCAUCAACUAUUGAAAUGCCUCAACAAGCAAGACAAAAUCUCCAGAACCUAUUUGUCAAUUUCUGCCUCAUCUUAAUAUGUCUCUUACUGAUCUGCAUCAUUGUGAUGCUUCUCUGAAGAUCUGCACUAGCCUCAUGUGUGCAAAUUAUCACCACCACCAAAAAAUGCCAUCCGAUAAAAAGUGGAAAACAAUGCUAUAUAAUAGACCGCUACCUAAGCAGAAUCUCCUCGUGAAAUUCAA